GCUCCCUUACGACUGCGUAGAGCUUCGAGGGCCACGUCUUUGUAUCGCGGCGGCCCUCCUCAAUGAUGGUCUCGGCGGAAGCUGAGCAGAUGGGGGUCGGAGGUGGUACCUUCCAGCCGUAUCUGGACUCUCUGCGCCAGGAGCUGCAGCAAAGAGACCCAGCGAUGCUUUCCGUGGUCGUGGCGCUGCUCGUCGUGCUGCUGACGCUGGUAUGCUGGAAACUCAUUCGGAGCAGAAAGAGCAGUCGAAGGGCUGUACUUCUGGUUGGCCUUUGUGACUCGGGGAAGACGCUCCUUUUUGUCAGGCUGUUAACGGGACUUUACAGAAAUACCCAGACCUCUAUUACUGAUAGCUCUGCUGUGUACCGAGUCAACAACGACAGGGGUAAUAGUUUGACUUUGAUUGAUCUCCCUGGUCAUGAGAGCUUGAGGCUUCAAUUCUUAGAGCGGUUUAAGGCUUCAGCCAGAGCAAUUGUGUUUGUUGUGGAUAGUGCGACAUUCCAGCGGGAAGUGAAAGAUGUAGCUGAAUUUCUCUAUCAGGUCCUUAUUGACAGCAUGGUAUUGAAGAAUGCACCAUCCUUACUGAUAGCCUGCAAUAAGCAAGAUCUCACAAUGGCAAAAUCCGCCAAGUUAAUUCAGCAGCAGCUGGAAAAAGAACUUAAUACUUUACGAGUUACUCGCACCGCUGCCCCCAGCACACUGGAGAGCUCAGGUGCUGUUGUCACUCAGCUUGGAAAGAAGGGCAAAGAAUUUGAAUUCUCUCAGUUGCCGAUGAAGGUGGAAUUUUUGGAGUGCAGUGCAAAGGGAGCAGCGGGGGACGGCUCUGCUGACAUCCAGGACUUUGAGAAGUGGCUGGCACGGGUGGCCUGAAGAGGUGGAGUUGGGGCAGAACAGAAGAUGCGACCUUGACAACAUGUGCGUAGGGGUGGGUUAGCAGUGAGUUAAUAAGGGGUGAAAAAUAUAAUUGGAAAUGCUUUCUUAUUGUUGGAAAGGAAUUAUUGUGAAGAUAUUAAGGAUAAAUGUACUGUAAGCUGCUUGGGGUUUUUAAAAAGACUUCCAACUUUUUUCACGUAAUUCAGCUUUUCUUUAUUGUCCCAUUGCCAAGUACAAUGGUUUUCAUUUCUGCCUUGAAUCUGUAACACUGAGUGUAAAGUUUAUCUUAUCCUCAGGAAAGAUAAAGGAUUUUGCUAUUUCCAGUAGACUCCAAGUAAAGAGGUGCAUUACCAUAAGCAUUUUUAUUUCUAGAAUUUCAUCCUUCCUAAUUUUGGGUUUUCUGGCGGGUUUUUUUAAGUAGUCUCAACUGUAUGCACAUGGCCCACAGAUUUUCAUAGCUUAAGACAGUAUCAUUCUUGGAUCAGCCAAAUUCAUUGUGACUGAACAACUCAAAGUCACUUUUAUGGAAUACUUGAUUAUGAGAUGUCUUCCUCUGCUCCCUUAAUUUUAUAAAACUAAGUAAUGAACAAAUAGCAGAAAGAUUCUCUGUAGGGUUUUAUAUGUGUGCAAACUCAGCAGUGUUAAAGAAUAUCUGUGUUUUUGUAAUGAAAUUCUUGGCUUCUCAAAUUUUUGGGUUUUACAAAUAAUACAUUUUUGGUAAAUAAUGUGGCCAGCAUGACUUAGAGCAGGCAAAGGUCAUGUAAGAGCAGGAUGAGACUAACCUUUGUCAGGUUUCACAGUUACGGGCUGCUCCCUGCCCCUCCUGCAUAAAUGCCUUGACUCUCAAAAGGUACUGAAUGAGACUGUGUGGUCCUUGCAACCUCAUCCCCACUACUGGAAAAAUAGCUCAGUACAUACCCCUUACUGGUGGGUCAGGGGUGCCAUCUUUGUAUGUGAAAAACCAACAUUAUUAUUAGGAAGGAAUAAAACCUGAAAUUGACAAGAACUUUUCUUAUGUCUCAUGUCAGGAUUCUGAUUUGAAAGCCUCUCUACUGCUAAUAUUUAGUCUUAUUUUACCUUUGCUAGCAGAAAUAGCUUAGGGAAACAGAAGUAGGAAAAAAAAACAGUGAAAAGAAAUUUAAUGCGGUCAUAUAUGCCAUUAUAGCUUCCCUGUUUAAUGUUUGUGUGUGUGUGUGGUAAAUUAAAAAGCCACUGUUACUUAGCAUGGAGUCUUGAACAGAGGAGGUGCUCAGUAUGUAUUCAAGCAGUGGCUUGAAAAACCCGUUAAAUGGCAUGUUUUCUUAGUCUGUUUUCUUUCUUGCAAAAUUUCCCAUUUAGUUUCAUUCUGUUUCUUGGCUAUUUAUUUUUUUAAAAUUCUGUGUUAAGCCAGUAUUUCAGCCCAUUAGCAGAAGCAAUAGAAUGUCACAACAACGGUUGUUUAAAGCAGGGGAGAGAAACUGGUUUUUAUUUGUGACAUAAAUUAAUUUACAGUUAGGAAAGAGAAAAUUCAGUGAGUAUAUACUGCCAUUAGGAAUGUAUCAUUUGGGGGAUUUUACCUACAAAGAUUUUGAAAGCAUUUUAUAAGCAGUAGUUAAAAAACAAACAAAAUAAAACUUCAUAUUUUUCCAAUGGAGGAAGCAGAAGCUAUAUAAUUGAAUGCAUUACAGAAUUAUCUCCAUAGGAUUGAAUGGUCAGACUUUUAGUAUGCUGUUAAAAUGUUAUAUCGUUGACUUACCUGUUUUGGAGCAGCCUGUGGCUGUGGUGUUUGGUCCUUGGGACCCUUGAAAGAAUUUUUCAUAAAAUAAAAGCAAAGAAUUCAGAUA